GUUUGAUUUUAUUUUGCACCGCGGAAUGCGUUGCCCAUGUGUCCUCGUUCACAAUUUUAAAUCGGAAAGUUCCCUCAUGGACAGUCCCUCCCGUUUAAACUUUCAGAUCCAGAUCCAUCCGUCCACGGACUUCCCCGGCACGACACAGCUUUGUCUCAAGCAGCGACCCCUUCCCGUCCUCGUAUGGUUCCUGCAGGGCCUUGGCUUUUGCCCGUCCGAGAAUAGCGAGCAGCAGCAUCAGCAUCAGCAUCAGGGCCCCUAGGCCAGAGACCCGAGGUCACGUUCACGCCAGCCGGCCGAGUUGAGUCGCGUCGCACGUCGCAGGUCUGCUGCGUGUGCAUAACACCGCCGUCGGCCUGGUCGUGCAGCUCAAACAGCCCCCAACCACAGGGCGCAUGCUCCGGAGACCACGGGGUUUACCCUCCUUGCCUCGUGUCAAACACACUCUGGCAGACAAAACCCGGCCCACUGUCCACCCUUCUAGACCUCCUCGAUCGGCUGUCCGAGUUAAUCUCAUUCUCGCAACUUGCCAUACCCUGCGAUCCACCUCAUUACCGAGUAGAGACGCUGGACCGCUGGAGCCGGGCAGCACGUGGGCCACCCUGCCCGUCCACCACCACACCGUACCCGCACCGUACCCUCGUACCGUACGCUGCAUUCUGCCGCCAGCCCUUCACUAUUACCCAACCGAGACAGCCCGCCUUUUGCCUACCCGUCACAUUGAUCGUCGACGACACUUGCGACCUCGCUAGCUCUUUCUCUCCAGCCCCAGGCCUCGAGCCCUGCGUCCCUGCGUCCUUGCCCUUCCGAUCUGCUAGAUCCCAUUCCAAAUCCCUUCCUCAGCUAUGGGCCACGCUCCGGCCUACAUUUUCGUCGUAAGACACGGAAACAGACUCGACGCCGCCAACAAGCAGUGGCACCUUCAAUCGCCCACUCCCUACGACCCUCCCCUGACCUACAGUGGAUGGAACCAGGCGAGAGCGGUCGGACAGAGGAUCGGCGAGAUCUUGCGUGAUGGUGACAAGGAGAGGGACAAGCAACAGCAAUCCGGCUCGCCUGCCACUGACGGCACCUCGAGAAAGCGUCGCAAGUACAAGGUCGUCAUACACAGCUCGCCCUUUCUGCGCUGCAUCCAGACUUCGAUAGGCAUCAGCGCCGGACUGGCCUCCAUACCUGAGCCUGCACCGCCCACCGUCGCUCGAACAUCCUCGACACAUUCAGCCACAAACCCUCGUAUCCCCGCGACAACUCAGCCAGACGUUUCCGUGCCGCCACCCACCCCUCCCACAAGCUCGCGUCCCGGCUCGAGACCAAGCUCUGAUAUCCAAAAGACCGUGCUGAGGCUCGAUGCCUUCCUCGGAGAAUGGCUCACCCCGGGCUACUUCGAGCUCAUCACUCCGCCGCCUGGUUCGGGUCUGAUGCUUGCCAGUGCCAAGGCGGAAUUGCUGCGGAAGGAAGACUACACAAGUUAUCCCGGCCUGUAUGCACACAAUCCCCAAUACAGCUCAUCAUCAUCUGGGGCCGCGGCUGGUCAGAUGUGGGGCCAGUCCUCGGCCACCGCAACACCUGAAGCUGGGCUCGAGAAUUUGGGCAGCCUCGCCGAAGCUAUGAGGCGGGCCGGCCGGAGCGCCAGCGUGACGAGUAACGGAGAGUCGCGCCUGAUCACCGGCGGUGCCUAUGUUGCCCCAGUCCCCUCGUAUGCGCUCUCGCAUAAUGCGGAGAUACCCAGGGGAUAUGUCCCACAUGCUAGAGACAACUGCUGUGAUAUUGACUACCAAUGGGACUCGAUGCGUGAGCCUUUGGACUGGGGUGAUGGAGGUUCCUAUGGCGAGGAGUGGACCGCGAUGCACCACAGAUUCCGCAAGGGUCUGCAAAACCUGGUCGACUGGUACGCCACUCACGAGCAGCCCGCGGAGAUGGUGACCAAGGAGAGGCGGGAUAGCGUUACGGCGAACGAGGACGCGAUCAUCGAUGACGAGGAGGAUGACGCUGAGACGGAGUCGGUGGUCAUUCUCGUCUCUCACGGUGCUGGCUGCAAUGCCCUCAUCGGAGCCAUCACACACAAGCCUGUCUUGACAGACGUCGGCUUGGCUUCGCUGACAUCGGCGGUACGAAGGCCGGGCCUGGACGAAACAAGCCAUGGAACAGGUUCUGACCGUACCAGAGGUGCCAAUGGCGCCCUCGCCGACGCACCUUCCGGUCUGGUUGCGAUCCAUCAGUGUUAUGACCUCAAGCUUUUCGCAAGUACCGAACACCUGACCUCCACAAGAUCGGGGCGGUCGGGGUCUGUGACGGCACAAAAUCGAGGACGUCUCUCCAACGCAUUCGCAUCGUCUCCCUUGAAUGGGAAUGACGGUUCUGGCAGUCGAAGUUCCUCUGCAGCUGCCAGCCUGGGCAGCAUGAGGCGAGAUUCGGGGGCUUCGUCGCGGCUGCCGAGCCGGCUCGGGCUGAACACGAACGGUAUGAGCAGCGGAGGUAUCACGGUUGGAAGCGGCGUGACUUCUUUCCUGAAGCAGACGCCCACGUCGACCAUCGGUGGGCUCUGGUCCCCGCUUCGAAAUACUCUGGAUACGCCGGAUGAGGGUGACGAUGACGACUUCCUCCCGAACUUUACCAGCUUCGACAUCGUGUCGCCAAGCACGAAAGCUGAUGAUGCUGCGAAGUCAACCGCUGAACCGCCAAGCACCCCAAAGACAAAUGGGAAUGGUACGGGCAGGAACAGGGCAGACAGUCGCGUAUCCCCGCGGGCAAUACCUCAGAAUGAGUCUUUUCACCCCGAGGAGGAAGAACGCAACGCGGUGCCCGCCCUGCCUCAGCUAGGUUCGGGGACGGGCGGCUUAUGGGGGAGCCCCAAGCCCCUUGGAACGACUGAGAUACCGCGUGAUCUGACAUCCCCAAAACGGAGAUGGACAGUGACUGAGAGAAUGACUUGAUCUUUCAUGAUGGAAUUCAGCAUCCCCAACUCUUUCCAGUUGGUCUAAUACCGAGACGUCCGCAUUAUGAAUUGGGUGGCAUAGCAUAUUAUGGGGUAUAUCGAAAGGAAAACCACAAAAAGUUCUGUCUGUAUCGGAGCAUGGCGCUCUUCGCCACUGUACGACUGCAGAAAAGUAGAUGAUAUUUAAUGAAAAGUUGUCCGAGAAGAUCA